AGGUGAUAAGCGAAGAAGCUGUGUUUUUCGGCUUGUUGAGUGCUCAAUUUCAUUCUGAGUACUUUAUAAAUAAAUAUUUGCUGGCCUCUGUGCGCUUAGUGCUCGUUAUUAAUCCCAACUGAGUUGACGUACUUGCCGCCGCAGCGAUGACUAAAAUAGUUGUAUUGUUAUUGGGCUUUUUGCUCGCGCAAUUGUCGAGUAGUUUGGAUCGUCAAGGUCGUGCUGAAUUCGCCUUGAACUUCUUCAAAACAAUCACAACAUAUCAGCCGAAUGAGAACAUCAUCGUAUCUCCCGCCUCGGUGCAAACCUGCCUGGCGAUGACGUAUGUUGGCGCUGCUAAUCAAACGGCGGCUGAGAUGCGACGCGUGCUCUCGCUGGAGCGCUUCGCCAACCAAGAGGCUGCAGCCGCUGAUUUCGGUGAACUUAUACAAACUGCGGUCAAAGCGCCCCAAAGUAAAUUGGAAAUGGCCAAUCGCAUCUAUGUCGAUAGGCGACUGCAGAUAAUACCGUCAUACCAAGCGCUCCUGAGCAGAUAUUUCCAGUCAUCGGCUGUAACGGUGGAUUUCGCAAGGAAUGUUGAAGCGGCGCAGAGCAUUAAUGCCUGGGUAGAGUCCGAAACGCAUGGGAAGAUAAAGAAUCUCAUUGAUCCAGCUGUCUUGACACCAGACACUGCUGUAGUAUUGACGAAUGCGAUAUACUUCAAGGCGGAGUGGCUCUAUCCAUUCGAUCCAUCGUACACUGUGCCACGUGAUUUUAAUGUGAACUCGGCGCAGCGGGUAAAAGUGCCCAUGAUGUUUCGGACAGACGUGGAUAUAAGAUAUGCCGCAGUGCCUAAUCUCGAUCUGGUUGCAGCGGAGUUGCCAUAUCAAAAUACCGCAUUGCGUAUGCUCAUACUGUUGCCAAAUCAGUUAGAUGGUGGAGUUGCCAGAUUGGAGCAGACACUGAGUGUCAAUACGUUGCAGCAAAUGCGUGGUUUGUUGAAAGCAACGACUUUGGAUCUCGUGUUGCCGAAAUUUAAAAUUGAAUUCGACUUAAGCUUGGUGGAGCCUUUGAAGACGAUGGGUUUAAAUUUGCUGUUUUCUGAUGCUGAACUACCAAACAUGGUAACUGGUGCGAACAAUCCGCUCUUUGUGUCAGAGGUGAAGCACAAGGCAUUUAUUUCGGUGGACGAAAAAGGUUCGGAGGCUUCAGGUGCCACUUAUUCACAAAUACUAGAGAGAUCAGGUCGUUUCUUCCAGACGAAACUGACAAUCGAUCGCCCAUUUGUAUUUCUCAUUUUGGACGAUAAUGCGAUCUACUUUACUGGUCAUGUACUGAAAUUCUAAGACGAAUGAUUUAUUGGCUUCCCAACGCCGAUAUGGCGCCAACUGGCUUCAAGUGACUGCUGUGGGUCCACUAAAACGAGAUUUAAACAUAAACUUAGAACAAAAUGCAAGCGGAACUAAUGUGGCAGAAACGAAUUAUGAAAUAAAUAAUGUAGAAAAUUAGAAAUCAACAAA